AAAGAUUUCAAGUGUCAGUAGGAACAGAAACCAUCAGAGCAGUGCCUACCACUGAUUAUCGUUAUCACCUCCAGGGAAUCAAACCAUGAAGUUCUCUAUUCUAUUUUUCGUCCUGUUAUUGGCGUGCCUGUACCCAAGCCUGGCCCAAGGCUCCUAUGAGAACUGCUGUCUGAAAUAUGUUAAGGGUGUGAAGAAGUCCACCAAAAGAAAGGUUGACAAAUACAGGAUACAGGAAACAGAUGGAGGAUGCAACAUCCCAGCUGUGGUAUUCACAUUGAGGAGUACAAAAUCUUUCUGUGCAAAUCCUCGGGAGCAGUGGGUGCAACAUCUGAUCAAUCAAGUAAAAUCAAAAAAUAAAAAGAUGUGAGUUGGAGUUGGAGCAAGAUAUAAUUGAGACCCCAUAGAGCGUGAUUUGGAAGUCUUCUCAAGUCGGAAUCUUUUAAGAGGAUCAUUUAUAAUAAGCAGCAUUCUACUGAGUAUAUUCAGGAUGAAAUUGUCAGGAUGUAAUUCAAUCCCAAAAUAUUGACAUCAAUGCCACACUCACGCACUGGCAUUCUGCAUACUUUUAUACAGCAUAUGACUUUUAUACAGUAUAUGUCACAGUCAAUGUAUCUGUUAGUGUAACCGUACGCCUGAAGGCAUCUCUGAUUACUACUUCGCAGAAGGUUGAGUUUUCAGUAAAUGCUUCAAAUAAAAAUGCAUUUAAUCCUCAACUACUUAUACUCAUAAUACUGUUUUAUUGAACUGUGAAUAAGAGAAUGUUUUGAAUGUGAUCUCUCUGUCUUACUGAAUAUUUCAGAUAAGGAAAUGUGCCACAACUGAAUGUCCAUGUGUUCACAGUGUUAUAUUGUCAUGUGUAUUCUAUUGAAUAAAAUCAUGAACAAAAA